AUGAUCAAGUGUAGCUUACGUCAUUAUCCUCUAUGUGAGGGGAUAUGUAUCAAUGGUUUUUUGUAUUAUGUAGCUGUGGUCUACGGGUUUGAAAGGCGAUAUGGGAUAGUUUGCUUUGAUAUUAGGUCUGAGAAGUUUGAGUUGAUCAAAAAAUAUGUCGUGCUUUCCAAGUUGGUAAACUACAUGGGUAAGUUAGCUACACUCAAAUGGGACAAAGAGUUUGAUGAGAUUUCUGGAAGAACUAAGAGUUUAGAGUUGUGCGUUCUUGAAGAUGCCAAUAAACUUGAAUGGUCGACGCGUACUUUCGUUCUGCCCGCUUUGUGGAACCAUGUAGUUGCAGGUUUCAAGUUAUGCAUUCUUGGAGUCACCAGAACAGGUGAAAUCGUCUUUGCUCAUUCAUCUGACCCAUUUUUCCUUAUCUACUACAAUCUCGAGAGAAACACUUUCACAAAAGGUUAUAUCCAAGGAAUGGAUGCGUUUAAUCCUUGCAAGGUUCACACUUUUCUAGAUCAUGUAGAGGAUGUGAAGUUUGGGGGAGUGUUUAGGACAACAUAA